AUGUCGCCAAUGGUCCUGGAGAAUGACGUAGAAGUGGGAGAGAGUCUGCCACCGGCAACUGAGCACGCUGUGAGUGUCUCACUGCCGACAUGGCGGGCAAACGUAGGAUAUGAAGAGGGUGAAGAAUGGGUUAUCAGCAAAAUGAAGACUGGCUAUCCUAGAUUCUUUAUACAUAAGGUUAUACAAGCUUUUGCGGCUGCCAUUGUCGAGAAGCAUGGGAAAGAUGAAGAGAGUGCGAUGCUGUUCCCCACAAACGCCACCGCAUCAAGAUGUCAGGACUUCUUCCUACGGCAAGCACCCGACCUGGAUGCGUCGCAAGUCCGGAUUCUUGAUUUCGUACCUGCAGCUGAGAGAGCACGUUCGGAAGAGUUGCAGAUCAUAUCCCCGAGAGUCUCAGCUGUCCUCUUCCCAAAAGAGCGCUUUAGCAUUGCCAAAGCAUUCUGGCAGCACUCUGGGGAUGGUGUGUCAAGUCGAAGAGCGGAGUACUGCUCCCAGCUUUUCAAGGAAGGCAUUCUAGUAGACGCUUCGACGCUUAAUCAGUCAGCAAGAGUAUGCAAGGGUCCCAGACGAUAUCAGAAGAAGACGUCAAUUGACCUGGACACCUCGGGCGAUUUCACCAACGGCAAUGGAGAGGUGCAGGAUCCCACUCAGUUUGUGGAAGAGAGAUUUGGUCGAAACCUGGAUCUCUCCAAAACUAAGAACGCAAAGUUAGCCAUUCGCCGGCGCAUCGCGGGUUCAUUGACUGCGGACGUCAGUUUGACAGAAGCAAUGACCUUGGAUCAUGAUGCUGCAAGGAGGCGGCCGGUCGCAGGAUUCUCUGAAGACGAUGUAUAUCUGUACCCCACAGGAAUGAGCUCGAUUUUCAAUGCUCACCGGAAUCUCUUGAGAGCAAAGGGCUCAAAGAGAGCCAUUGUUUACGGCUUCCCUUAUAUCGAUACACUGAAGAUAACCGAGAAGUUCGGACCAGGCUCGCAGUUCUACGGGUUCGGCUCAGCAGAGGAGCUGGACGACCUCGAACAGCGUCUGGAAGGCGGCGAAAGAUUCGUCGCGCUGUUCACUGAAUUCCCAGGAAAUCCGCUGCUGAGGUCACCAGACCUAGAGCGGAUACGCAAACUAGCGGACCAGUACAACUUCUGCGUAGUUGUAGAUGAGACUAUUGGCAACUUCAUAAACGUCAAUGUUUUACAAUAUGCCGACGUCGUUGUCAGUAGUUUAACCAAGGUCUUUAGUGGAGACAGUAACGUGAUGGGUGGAGGCCUCGUGCUCAACCCAAAAGCAAAGAACUAUGCCCUUCUCAAACGAACAUGGGAAGAAGACUACGAAGAUAACCACUGGGCCGAAGACAGCAUCUUCCUCGAGCGCAACAGCCGAGACUUUGUCUCAAGAAUUGAUCGUAUCGGUACCAACGCUGAAGCCAUCUGCGAUGUACUGAGCGCACACCCUCGCGUCAAACAAGUAAACUACCCCAAAACGUCACCAACUCGCCAUUUCUACGAGAAAUGCCGUAACCCCAACGGUGGCUACGGUGGUCUCCUGUCCGCGACCUUUUUCACUAAAGCGGACGCGAUCGCUUUCUUCGACAACCUCGACACCGUGAAAGGACCCAGUUUAGGCACAAACUUCACGUUGAGUUCGCCCUACGUGAUUCUUGCGCACUAUGGAGAAUUGGACUGGUGCGCGAAAUGGGGUGUUGAAGCUGAUCUGAUUCGAUUUAGUGUGGGGUUGGAGGAGACAGGCAAACUAGUCGAGACAUUCAAAAGGGCGUUGGAUGCCAUUCCUUCUGCGCAGUCGUAG